AUGAGCAAAGUCGGAGUAUUCCCCGCGUCUGGCGGCCUUGGAGGCAGCACAGUGCAGCAUCUUCUCCCGCUCGUCCCUGCGUCAAACCUCGUCUUCAUCGCUCGCAACCCCGACAAACUCGCUGCCGAGAGUCGCCAGGGGGCAGUCGUGCGUCGCGCUGACUAUGACGACCCGUCGACGUUGGAGCGCGUCUUUGAAGGAAUUGGCGCGCUGUUUUUGAUUUCCUAUGCCUCUUGCGAGCACGAACACCGAUCCAAGGCUCACCGCAUAGCUAUCGAUGCCGCUAUUCGUAGUGGCGUCAAGCACAUCUUCUACUCCUCUCUCGCCUUCGGCGGAAACCUCCGCAAAGAGUCGGAAGCCCUGGUGAUGCAAGCGCAUCUCGAUACCGAAGCUUACCUGGACGAACUCGCCCGAAGCCCAGCUCACCCCAACUUCACGUAUACAGUUAUUCGCGAGGGCCUGUACUCGGAAUCCUUCCCCAUCUACACUGCAUUCUUCGAUCCUGCGGCACCCGUCGACGAGAUCAAGAUCCCGCACGACGGGUCUGGACCAGGCGUCGCAUGGGUAAAGCGCGAUGAGCUCGGUGAAGCUACGGCCAAGAUCAUUGCCACUUAUGUGCAUAACCCGCUGGCGUUUCCAUAUCUCAACAAGACGUUGUUGUUGACGGGGCCCAAGGUGUUGACGCUCGCGGAGGUGGUCGGAAUCCUGGGGAAGAUCAUUGGCAAGUCGGAUAUCAAGAUCAAGAAAGUUUCUGUCGACGAGUACACGGCACAACCACAAAACCCAGCAAACCUGACCUAUCAUGGCGAGGACCUGAGCAAGAAGUGGGCGACUGCAUGGCCGGCUAUUGCGAAUGGCGAGUGCAGUGUUGUGACGCCGCUGCUGAGAGAUACACUGGGACGAGAACCGGAGGAUGUCGAGACGACGCUUAGAAAACUGCUUGCAUAA